AUGUAUCGAGCAACUGUGGGAACGGGCAAGACGUUACUCGGUACUUUGCCUUUUACAGCUCAAAUGAUUUACGAUGGUUAUCUCCAAAAGUACAAAUGUGAGAAGAACAGUAAAUUGACGGAAGUGGAGAACUUCAUGCGCUGUGAGAAUUUUCUCCAUGGAGUAGUUGAAAUUCCAGAAAUUGCAAAAAGCGAGCGAAUCUACCGUCACGAAGCUGGUCAUCUUCUCAUUAUACUCCUUCAUUUUGAGUCUCUUUCCGUCUUUCCAGCCCUCGUCUCUUUCCAAAAACGCGCAGAUCUAAAGCUCAACGCUUACAUAAAAGUCGUCGAUCUCCCAGAAACGGGCAAGAAGACCUCGACUUCUGACGAAGAAAAGUUCAAGAGCUGGAUUUUAUAUUCCGUCGCUGGGAAAGCCGCGGAAGCAGUAUUCAAUGGAACUGAAGGAACAACAGUUUAUUCCUUAUUGAAAAGGCUCCAGGAAAAAACGAAUUCACGUGACCUGCAAAUUGCUCGAAUGUACGCAUCAAAGCUCUCCGACGACGAAACGAAGCAAGAAGAAAUCAUCGCUGCCAGUUUUUAUCAAGCAAUAAAAGAAAUCAAGGCGAACGAAAGAAAAUACGAAGUCAUCUUGGAAGCUAUAAAGAAAAACAGCUUCAUCACAGCAUCUGAAAUUUUCAAAUUAUUCGAAGAGCUUUAA